AUGGCAUCCUCCUCCUCCUCCAAAGAAGUGAUAACCCUGAAACUACUAGUCGACACGAAGAACAACAGGGUCCUUUUCGCCGAGGCCGGAAAAGACUUCAUCGACUUCCUCUUCACCCUCCUCUCUCUCCCCAUUGGCACCGUCGUCCGCCUCCUCACUGCCAAGAGCUUGGUCGGCAGCCUAGGAAACCUCUACGACAGCGUAGACAACCUGAGCGAUACCUACAUGCAACCCAACCAGAAAAAGGAGGUUCUGUUGAAACCCAAGGUGGCUGUCCGCUCGACGAAGGCAUCCCUUCUUCUCACCGACGAUGAUGCGCCCGAGCCGGCGGUUAACAAGGCAUACAAGCAGUGUGCAAACUGUUUUAGGUAUAACUAG